GUUUUCCCAAGUGUAAAAAUAACUGCAUUAUCGCAACAGCAUUAUUUAUUGUGGGAAACAUAGUAAAAAAAGGCUAAACAAAAAUAAAAGGAGGCGGAAUAAAAAACUCUAAAAAAUUGGUAUACACUUUUUUGUAACUUCUAUCUCCUAACAUAGUUUCAGUAUCUUUCCAUAUUAAUAUGUAUAAAAUUUUAAAUAGCUGCACAGCACUUAGAUGUACCUACAGAAUACACAACCGAUUUCUUAGAACUGGGCAUUUUGUUAGUUUUACUUUACUAUUCUAAGUAACUCUGGGAGGCACAUGAACACCUUUAAGGCUACAGUAAUUUCCUUUUUUUCUGGGAUUCCAGUAGAGUAUGAUGGCGUUUCUUCUCCAAAAGGGGAUUAUGUGGGCAUUAUCAUUACAAAGAAAAGAGAGAAAAUCCCCUUGUGACGGCUAGAAAUGCGAUCUCAUCACUUUAGGGGCGCGUUCUAGAUUUACUCGGAAUCCCUGCGCUUGCGGGAGAGGAGAUUCUGCAAGGGCGCCUCCCACAGCCUGACCUCCGCCAAGGUGACGCGGAGGAAGGACAGCCGCAGGAGCGGACUCAUCAGACAUGUGUCUUCACGCGCAUGCGCGGGCUUACUGAACGCGCGUGGGCGGGCUUACGGGAACGCGCAUGCGCGUACUUAGGGAACGCGCGGGCGCAGGUUUAAGUGAACGCGCGUACGCAAGCGCGCAUUGUCGCCACCGACGUCGGCUGCACGAGUCGCCAGAGGACUUAGUGGAAGGCAUUGGCUUAGUGACUCCUCUUGGUGUUGGAACUCAACUGGUAUGGGACCGCUUGAUCCGAGGAGAGAGUGGCAUUAUCUCACUGGUUGGUGAAGAAUAUAAGAGUAUCCCUUGCCAUGUUGCUGCUUUUGUGCCAAGAGGUUGUGAUGAAGGUCAGUUCAAUGAACAAAACUUUGUGUCCAAAUCAGAUCUCAAGUCCAUGUCUUCCCCCACCAUUAUGGCCAUUGGGGCUGCAGAGUUAGCCAUGAAAGACUCCAGCUGGCAUCCUCAGUCAGAAGCUGAUCAAGUGGCUACCGGUGUUGCGAUUGGCAUGGGAAUGGUUCCUCUUGAAGUUGUUUCUGAAACUGCUUUGAUGUUUCAGACAAAAGGUUACAAUAAAGUCAGCCCGUUCUUUGUCCCGAAGAUUCUGAUCAACAUGGCAGCAGGCCAGGUCAGCAUUCGAUACAAACUCAGGGGCCCCAAUCAUGCAGUCUCUACAGCCUGUACCACAGGAGCCCAUGCUGUGGGAGACUCCUUUAGAUUAAUAGCCCAUGGUGAUGCUGAUGUGAUGGUGGCUGGAGGUACAGAUUCUUGCAUUAGCCCUUUAUCUCUUGCUGGCUUUGCCAGAGCCCGUGCUCUGAGCACAAACCCUGAUCCUAAGUUGGCAUGUCGACCAUUUCAUCCAAAGAGAGAUGGUUUUGUAAUGGGAGAAGGUGCAGCUGUGCUGGUGCUGGAAGAACAUGAACAUGCAGUUCAAAGAGGAGCCCGGAUCUAUGCAGAAAUUUUGGGCUAUGGACUCUCAGGUGAUGCUGGUCACAUUACUGCCCCCGACUCUGAAGGAGACGGUGCCUUAAGAUGUAUGGUUGCUGCUGUAAAGGAUGCAAACGUACAGCCCGAAGAGAUAUCCUAUGUGAAUGCACAUGCUACUUCCACACCACUAGGAGAUGCUGCUGAAAACAAAGCUAUCAAACGUCUUUUCAAAGGCCAUGCACAUGCCCUCGCCAUUUCCGCAACUAAGGGAGCCACAGGACAUCUGCUGGGAGCUGCAGGGGCGGUUGAGGCAGCGUUUACUGCUCUGGCUUGUUAUUAUCGACAACUACCACCUACUUUAAACCUGGAUUAUACAGAACCAGAAUUUGAUCUCAAUUAUGUUCCACUGAAGGCACAGGAAUGGAAAACUGAGAAAAGACGUAUCGGACUCACCAAUUCCUUUGGUUUUGGUGGUACUAAUGCAACACUUUGCAUUGCUGGCAUGUAGGACAGGCAAAUCAUUUGUGUUUUUUAAUGUUAUAAACAAACUUCAUGAAGUGGAGAAAUACUAUGUUUCUAUAAAUGCAUAUACUUUUA